AUGCCAGAGAGACAUGUGGCACUGACCUGGCAGAUGCCCUAUGUGUGGGCGCUGGCGGGCACAGUGAUCACCGUGACGGUGGUGGGCUUUAUCAUCGCCUCGCCCUUCCUGCUCUUCUUUAGCCCCGUGCUGGUGCCGCUUGGCACGCUCUUCGUGAUCGGCACCGGGAUGUUUGCGGUGUUUUGCUCUGCGGUGUCGUGGCUCUACCAGUACAUGCGCGGCGGACACCCUCCAGGCUCGGACAAGAUCGACACGGUGAGGAGGAGGAUAGCUGAGUCCGCACAUCAUUUGAGCGAGAAGACGCAGGGCACUGGCGGUGAUAUCAGCCGCUACUUGCAGGACGCAGCCAAGGCUUCGUAAGAUCUUCCGGCUAAGCAUCCGAGCCAGCUCUGCAGCGAUUUCCAUUCCCUUUAGCUGUUUCUCUCAGAAUCGAGAGGAGUUUCCUCGAUCGAUCGAUGAAACUCCAUUCUCUUUGUCCUAAGUUUGUAGCUUUGCAGCAGAGCUUCUUUUUGUGUUCGUUGUCAUGUGGUGAAUAAGAAACUCCCAGAAUCUCUGAAUA